AGUGUGUGUGUGUGUGUGUGAGAGAGAGAGAGCGCGAGUUCCAAUCGUAUCUGAGUCGUCGCGUGGCAAGCCGUACGCUCCCCGUUCCCACUUCCCCUAAGCUCAGGCGGGGCUGAGCUCUACAGCAGGCAGGGAUGAAGCUUCGCCCCGAGCCCCAGCGUCAGUGAAGCGGGCCGGUGGGCAUCAGGGAGCAGCAGCAGCAGCAUCAGCAUCAGCAGCAUGGUCGCGCUGGAGACCCACUGCUGACACCCAGCGUGACGGAUGACAGCCCACGAGAGGCUUUCCGCGCGCCACAGCCGCCGCCACCACCCUCCAGGAGGAAGCACGGCCAUGUGAGAGGAGCGACUUGGCCGCCAGAAACUCUUGGACAUGUUUUCCAGGGCAAAGUCUGGAUUUCUUUCUACGUUUGAACUUAUUUUGUUUCUAUCCGCGCUGUCCGGCUGCCCGCAACCCACCUGCCCGGCACGGACUAAGGGGAGAUGGAACAAGGGAGGAUCCCGUCUACGCCAGGAGGACUCGCCGCCCCGGAUCGCGGAGCACCCCUCUGACCUGAUCGUCUCCAAAGGCGAGCCGGCCACCCUCAACUGCAAAGCCGAGGGCCGGCCGAACCCCACGGUGGAGUGGUACAAGGAUGGCGAGCGGGUGGAGACGGACAAGGACGACCCUCGCUCUCACCGCAUGCUGCUGCCCAGCGGCUCGCUCUUCUUCCUGCGCAUCGUGCACGGGCGGCGGAGCAAGCCGGACGAGGGGGCCUACGUGUGCGUCGCCCGCAACUACCUGGGCGAAGCAGUCAGCCGCAACGCCUCGCUGGAAGUAGCAUUGCUGCGAGACGACUUCCGACAAAACCCCACAGACGUCGUGGUGGCAGCAGGAGAACCGGCCAUCCUGGAGUGCGUUCCUCCCAGGGGCCACCCGGAGCCAACCAUCUACUGGAAGAAGGACAAAGUGCGGAUCGAGGAUAAGGAUGACAGGGUCACGAUCCGUGGAGGAAAGCUGAUGAUCUCCAACACGAGGAAGAGCGAUGCUGGCAUGUACAUCUGUGUGGGCACCAACAUGGUGGGGGAGAGAGAUAGCGAGACGGCGCAGGUCACUGUGUUUGAGCGACCGACCUUCCUCCGGAGGCCAAUCAACCAGGUGGUGCUGGAGGACGAGAUGGUGGAGUUCCGCUGCCAGGUGCAAGGAGACCCGCAGCCCAACGUGCGCUGGAGGAAAGAUGACAUCGAUGUUCCUCGUGGGAGGUACGAAAUCAAGUACGACAAGGACGACUAUGUGCUCAGGUUGAAGAAGGCCUCCGUCAACGACGAGGGCACGUUUGCCUGUGUGGCGGAGAACCGUGUGGGCAAGCUGGAGGCCGGCGCCACCCUCACAGUCCGAGCUGCCCCGCAGUUUGUCAUCCGCCCAAGGGACCAAAUCGUGGCCCAAGGACGCGCCGCCACUUUUCCGUGCGAGACCAAAGGGAACCCUCAGCCGGCAGUCUUCUGGCAGAAAGAAGGAAGUCAGAAUUUGCUCUUUCCCAACCAGCCUCAGCAGCCCAACAGCCGCUUCUCUGUGUCGCCCAACGGCGCCCUGACCAUCUCGUCGGUGCAGCGGGCAGACGCCGGUUACUACAUCUGCCAGGCGCUGACCGUGGCUGGCAGCAUCCUCGCCAAAGCUCAACUGGAGGUCACAGAUGUUCUCUCCGACAGACCGCCGCCCAUCAUCCGCCAAGGCCCGUCCAAUCAGACGUUAGGGGUGGACAGCGUGGCGUUGCUCAAGUGCCAAGCGUCAGGUGACCCCAUCCCUUCUGUCAGCUGGCUCAAAGAUGGCGUCAGUCUGCUAGGGAAGGACCCUCGCAUGUCCCUGCAAGAGCUGGGCAGCCUACAGAUCAAGAACAUAAAGCUCUCAGACUCCGGGAUCUACACCUGCGUGGCUACCAGCUCUAGCGGAGAGACGUCAUGGAGCGCCUUCCUCGAGGUCAAAGAAGCUGGCGGUAACACGCUCACAAAGACACACGAUGACAAUGAGCUGCCAGGCCCGCCUUCCAAUCCUCAGGUCACCGACGUCACCAAGAGCAGCGUGUCAUUAUCCUGGCAGACGGGGCUGGUGGGAGCGUCACCCGUCAGCUCGUUUGUCAUCGAAGCGUUCAGCCAAUCAGUGAGCAACAGCUGGCAAACCGUGGCGGAUCACGUGAAAACCACCCAGUACACCGUCAAAGGCCUGCGCCCUAAUACCAUCUACCUGUUCAUGGUCCGAGCGGUCAACAACCAGGGUGUGAGCGACCCGAGCCCCAUGUCGGAUCCUGUUAGAACACAAGACAUCAGUCCUCCAGCUCAGGGCGUCGACCACAGACACGUGCAGAAAGAGCUUGGCGAGGUCAUAGUUCGCCUGCACAACCCCGUCGUCUUGAGUCCCACCGCCAUCCAAGUCACGUGGACGGUGGACCGCCAAUCCCAGUUCAUCCAGGGUUACAAAGUUGUGUACAGGCAGACAUCCGGACUGCCCGCUCCGGGACACUGGCAGACGCAGGACAUCAAGGUCCCGUCCGAGCGUAGCGUGGUGCUCUCGCCGCUAAAGAAGGGCAUCGUGUACGAGAUCAAAGCCCGGCCGUACUUCAACGAGUUCCAAGGCAUGGACAGCGAAUCCAGGACGGCGCGGACCACAGAGGAAGCCCCCAGCGCCCCUCCUCAGCAGGUAACAGUCCUCACCGUGGGAAACCAGAACAGCACUUCAAUCAGCAUCUCCUGGGACCCCCCUCCGCCGGACCACCAAAAUGGCAUCAUCCAAGAGUACAAGAUCUGGUGCCUGGGUAACGAGACGCGUUUCCACGUGAACAAGACGGUGGACGCGGCCAUACGCUCGGUAGUGGUGGGCGGGCUGCAAGUGGGUGUGGUCUACCGAGUGGAAGUGGCCGCCAGCACCAGCGCAGGGGUGGGAGUGAAAAGUGAACCCCAGUCCAUUGUUAUCGGUAAGCCAUUCCAGGACGUGAUCAUCCAUGGCAACCGUAACAACAGCAUCACAGAGCAGAUCACCGACGUUGUGAAGCAGCCCGCCUUCAUCGCAGGCAUCGGCGGCGCCUGCUGGGUCAUCCUCAUGGGCUUCAGCAUCUGGCUCUACUGGAGGAGGAAGAAGAGGAAGGGUCUGAGCAACUACGCAGUUCAGUCCUUCACCUUCACCCCUGCAGUGACGUUCCAGAGAGUUGACGGCGGCCUGAUGAGCAACGGGAGUCGGCCAGGCUUACUCAACGCCAGCGACCCGGGCUACCCCUGGUUAGCGGACUCCUGGCCCGCCACUAGCUUACCUGUCAACAGCAGCUCCGGAGGGCCCAAUGAUCUCACUAACUUUGGCAGAGCAGAUAUCCAGAAUGGGCAAGUGGACAAGACGGGCACCAUGCUCUCUGAUGGAGCCAUCUACAGCAGCAUCGAUUUCACCACCAAAGCCAACUACAACAGCCCGGGUCAAACGUCGCAGGCCACGCCUUACGCCACGACUCAGAUUCUCCACUCCAGCAGCAUCCACGAGCUGGCCGUGGAUCUGCCCGAGGCCCAGUGGAAAGCCUCGCUGCAGGCAAAGCAGGAGAUGGCCAACCUGGGCUACUCCCUGCCUGACAAGAACUCCUGCAACAACACCCUCCUUUUCAUUCCCGACUACCGACUGACCGAGGGGCUGUCUAGUAGAAUCCCACACAACCAAUCACAAGAUUUCAGCACCACCAGCUCUCACAACAGCUCAGAGCGAAGCGGCAGUCUCUCAGGUGGGAAAGGAGGGAAGAAGAAGAAGACCAAGGCCGGGUCCAAGCCUGGUAAAGCCAACGGUUCCAGCUGGGCAAACGUUCCAUUGCCCCCGCCCCCUAUCCACCCUCUCCCUGGCACAGAAGUGGACCACUAUUCUACUGAGCACCACGACGGAGGAGGGUAUGAAAGUGAUGGCUGGGGUCCACCCAUGCCCGUGCAGACCUACCUCCACCAAGGCAUGGAGGACGAGCUGGAGGAAGAGGACGAGAGGGUGCCAACCCCGCCCAUCCGGGGCGUGGCCUCCUCCCCGGCCGCCGUCUCCUUCGGGCAGCAGUCCACAGCUACCCUCACCCCCUCCCCUCGGGACGAGAUGCAGCCCAUGCUCCAGGCCCAUCUGGACGAGCUGACCAGAGCUUACCAAAUGGACAUGGCGAAGCAGACAUGGCACAUGCAAGGGGGGCCGCCCCAGGCCCCGGCCCCUCCGGUGGGCUACGUGUCAAGCACAAUGGUUUCCGACCUGGAGACCGACCUGCCCGAUGAGGAGGAUGAAGACGACGAGGAGGAUGAGGGAUACGGGGCCAGGCAUCCACGCGGUAUCGAGCACACGCCGGGGUCGAGCAUGGACAACCUGGACAGCUCUGUGACGGGCUCCAUGGUGAACGGCUGGGGCUCGGCCUCGGAGGACGAGCGUAAUUUCUCCAGCCACCGCUCCAGUUUGGGUAGCUCGUCCGACGGCUCCAUCUUUACCCACUGCAACUUUGCCCAGGCCCUGGUGGCCGCCGCAGACAAGGCGGGCUACCAGCUGAAGGGCACAAGCCUCAGCAAGCGAGAUAAAGGCUUGUCCCACAGGCCCCGGCCCGGCAGUCCGUUCUCGACAGACGGCAGCACAGUGGGAACACACAGUCUGGGCCACCAGAGGGCCACCAGGCCUGCACGCAAACCCCGAAGUCAGGGCACAGCCCCUCACCGCAGAGAUGCUGCUGCUGACGACCUACCUCCGCCCCCUGAGCCCCCGCCCAGCCAGGGGCAGCCCCGAGCCCAGACGGGCCGCUGUAUCAACAGCAUGAUCCCCCCUCCAGAGAGGAAGGCGACCUCUCUGGAGCGCCCGCCCAUGUCGGGGCCUCUGUGUGGACAUGAGGACAGACAGAUGACGCGCGCCACUCUGGAACAUCACCGCCAGGCUCAAGAACGACUGGGCUCCGUUGAGAGAGCGGAGGACGGCCGCAGGGGCCACAAAAACGAGGAAGGAUGCCUGCCAUACCAUAAACCGUCCUUCCCGUCACCCGGUGGCCACAGCUCGUCCGGUACGGCCUCCUCCAAAGGCUCCACGGGGUCCCGCAAGAACGAGGGCCCGCGACAGCCGCAUCAGUGGACGACAUGGAGCACGCAGACUUCCUAGGGACCAAGGACAAGGACAGUACUCAGGAGAGUUAUAGUGGUCGGCUCAGAUGAGGACCUGCCAAAAAACGAUCACCACGUCCUUGUGGGCGGGGUGGGCGGGCGAUGACCUCUUGCCCCGUGGCCCCGUGUCGACGCAGGGACAGCAAUUGUACAUGUUUGCUGUAUGUAAGGACAGACAUAUUGUACAUCUCACUAUGGUUUGCUCUUAGAGGAAAACAUCUUUUCACCUAACUUUUACUGUAACUUUGUUUUUUUUGUCCGAAAAAAACACACUUCCUGGUGACUGCCUCCCCCCUACCCCUUUUUUUUAAGGGGUGUUAAUUUCCUGUAAAUACUUUCUUCCUUGCUGUUGCUAUGCAAGCCCCAUUCAGUUACAGCUUUUUAAAAAAACUAAUUGUAUUAUAUGUGAAUUGUGUGGCUGCCGCGCCAUAACAUUUUCUUUUUCUGUUCCUUUUUUUAACAAUUUGUUAAUAAUCGCCAUGAAUUAAUAUUAUUACUGUAAUUAUUACGACAAAUUGUUUUUUUGCACUGCAACUUUUUUGGUGACAAGCACAAAAGACCAAGCUCCUGCUGACAUGAAGAAGAAGAAGAUGUGAAGAGGAGUUUCUGUACUGUAAAGUAAGGAAGAAGAGAGUUAUAUACAAAAUGUACAGAGAGAUUUCUUUUUGUUGUUUUCGAUGAAAGGAUGGCCACGGCGACACAAUGGACAGGAGGAAGUUGUCACGUUAGGCAACCACGGCGAAUAAUUUGUCAGUUGUUGGGCGACGACUCAUGACAUUUUUUUGAUGUUCCAGCCAGUGGUGGUUUUAGCUUAAAUGACACCCCGGGCGUGAACCCCUUUCGGCGUAAGCUUGCCUCUGAGCAUUUCCUGUACCACUCGGUUUAGUUUCAUUUCAUGUGAGCAAUAUUGGGGGACGCUCCCCCCCAAGUGCCCCCCAGAGAAUGCCACCCUGCCUUUGUGGCUUAGUUAAAACCGCCACUGGUUCCAUCCCUUGUAGGAUUCCUGCUAGAUGGAGACACCAAUCCAGUGCACCAUCCUUUGUUUACAUCUUUUUUAAGCUAUUUUUUUUUUAUAUAUAAUUAACUUUUUUAGGAGCGCUUAACCUUGGUUUUUUUCCGCUAUUUAUUAAGUGUGCGAGCCAAUUGCACAUUCCGAUGCCUGUGCAGUUUCCAUGUCGCCGCUCCGAUGGAGACGAGCCUUGUACAUUACUUGGUAACACAACACUUCAGACGAUGUCGUCCUUGCUUCUUUUUUUUGCCUUUUACCCACUUUACCGAAACUGCUGCUUUACGACGUUUUCAACAUAAUUGUUUGGGAUUUUUGUGGUGAGUUGAGAAUUAUUUUUUUUGUAUCGCUAAAAAGUUGGGGUAGGCAUUUUUUUUAAAUACCACCAUACUAAAUAAAUAUUUGGACAAAAAAAUGUUUAUGUAAUUUUAGCAUUUGUAUAAUUUCGUAACAGGUUGCCCACCCAGGCUUUUUACCAAGUUUCAGCCAUUCAUUCGCACAGUGGCCAGUGUUCUAAUAAAUGAGGUGCAAACGAGUAUCUCAGGUUACUUUACAUUCUGCUGGUGUUUGUGUAUAUGUGUAUAUAUUUAAAUAUAUAUACAGUAUAUCCAUACUCCGCAACAUUCCGAUUUCCCUGUCAUGUCCUUUUGUCUUUUUUCUGCUGUGUUUUUUUUGUUUUGUUUUCAAGAAGUCACCUAAAAAAAAGACCAUACCAAAUUGAGAUUGCUAUUUAUGUCUAAUAGUGUUCCCUUAAUGCUCAUUGUUUUAAUUUGACACCACAGCCUCCUUUUUGUAUUUAUUAAAAAAAAAGUAAAUAAAAAGUCUAUUGUGGAAUAUGCAUACAGAUGUGUGGUAUACGAGAUGUGUUUUUUUAUGUAAAGUUGACUGUGUGAGGCGAGCAAAGGAAGUCAAAAUAAAACGAAAGGAAGAAAAAACUUUUUCUCAAUAUUGUUGGUUCUUUGAAACCUCUCUGUGUGUUGCCUUUUUCCUAAUAAAAAGACAAAAAAAGAUGACAAAAAAGUGAAAUCUUUCUGUACAGUCCUGCUGGGGUGAUCCAAUGUCAUUUCUACAGUACUUUUCUUUUCUCUGUACAACACCUUCUGUAUUCACUUGCAUGUCCUCCAAAAAGACAGUGGAUGUAGAAAAGUCAAAGGUCACAUCUUCAUGACCUGUACGAUAAAAACAUCAAUGUUCUUUUGUUUCCUUGUACCGGCUCAAUAUCAAUAAAAUA